AUGUUUCAAGGGCAGCGGGGUUGGUUCUGUGGCAGCGUCAGCCACGACCUGAGGCAGUUUUGGGUGGCUGAAGGGGGGACCAUCAGUGACCCGAGGGCCGCCGACUUCUUGUUCAGCUGCGAUGCCUCACACCCAGACACGCUGAGAAUAUAUCAGAGUCUUGAUUACAUAGAAGAUAAUGCUACAGUUUUUCAUGCCUACUAUCUCUCUGCUGUAGCCAAUGCUGAAAUAAAAAACUCGGUGGCUUUAGGUCAUUUCAUUCUUCCUCCUGCAAGCCUGCAAAAAGAAAUAAGGAGAAAAAUUGGUAGUUUUAUUUGGGAACAAGACCAACAUUUUCUGAUAGAAAAGCAAGAUGAAGUAACAUCAAAUGAACUAAAGGCCUUUAGGGAAAGCAGUGUACUAGCAACAGAUCACAAGAAAGACUUAUCCAGAAGCACAGAAAAGCAUUUUAUAAGGACUCCAGUUGUAGAAAAGCAGAUGUACUUUCCUCUUCAGCACUAUCCAGUGAACAACAUGGUAACAGGUUAUAUAUCAAUUGAUGCCAUGAAGAAAUUUCUUGGGGAGCUACAUGACUUCAUUCCUGGAAGUUCAGGUUAUUUGGCAUACCAUGUUCAAAAUGAAAUUAACAUGUCUGCAAUAAAAAACAAAUUAAAGAAUAAGUAUUAA